CCCCGGUGGGCGGCUCUCUCUCCCCCCGUCUGUCUCUCCUCCCUCCCCGGUCAGUCUGCUCUCAGUGCCCGCUCCAUGCUGCUCUCCUCGGCUGCCCCAGGCUUGUGAGCCGCUCCGGGGAGCUCCGCGUCCUCUCCGGCUGCUCCUGCAUGAUGCUCCCCGGCCCCCGGCUGCUGAUCCGGGCUGUGCUGCUCCUGGGCACCGCCCGCUGCUCCUCCGCUGCUCCGGACAGUGAAUGGUCCAGGACGCCCGGACACCCGUACAUGAGCCGCCCGGACACACCGACCCGACCAUGGGGACCCGCAGCGGAGAGCAGCCCCCCAGCCCGGAGCCCCGCCGAGGAUGCUUCUGCAGGGAGGGAAGGGUUAAUCAUGGGAUAUGAUCGCAUCCGAUCUGCUGAACUUUUUCCUAAAGAUCCCAAAAAGAAUAAUUUAGGAGACCCUCUCCGAACCCAGACGGAUCCCAACAGAAUCGGGUCUGAUUCCUCAUGGGAACCCAAGAGAUCUGCGACCAAGUCCCCAUUGGAACCCUCCAGAGCUGGAACUGACCUAAUAUCAGAACCCACCAGACCUGGGACCAAACCUCCAUCAGAACCCAUCAGAACUGGGACCAACCCCCCAUUAGAAUCCAAUAGAACUGGGACCGACUCACCAUCAGAACCCAUCAGAACUGAGACCAACCCCCAAUUAGAGCCCAAUAGAACUAGGACUGACUCACCAUCAGAACCCAUCAGAACUGGGACUGACUCAUCAUCAGAAAACAACAGAUCUGCAACCAAGUCCCCAAUAGAACCCACUAGAAAUGGAAAGGACCCACUAUCAGAACCCACCAGAACUGGGACUGACUCCUCAUCAGAACUCAGAACCAGUCCCCCAUUAGAGCCCACCAGAACUGAAACCCACCCCUCAUCAGAACUUAACAGAACUGGAACUUACUCUUUCUCAGAACCCAUCAGAGCUGGGACUGACCCCUUAUCAGAACUUAGUAGAGCUGGGACUGACCCCCCAUCAGAACCAAACAGAACUGGGACUGAACCAUCAUCCGAACCCAACAGAACUGACUCUUCGUCUAUACUCUACAGAACCAAGAGUGACUCUGCAGCAGAAAACACCAGAACCGACCUGAACCCUCCACCAGGACCCAACAGUCGGUCCGACCCUUCAUCAGAGGACAACAGAACCGACAGUCCAUCACCCAGUCCUGAUACAGUAAAGAACCAGACACAUUUAGAACCGGGUCAAACAGAACGUCACCUGGGACCUGACUUGCAUUAUCGGUCAGAUCCGGACUGGAUGCAGAAGGAUAUGGGUCAGACGAGUUCAGUUGUUGGGAUCACCCAGAAAUCAGCGACACAGCGUCACCUGAACAAGAGGACUCCGCACAUGGACACCACAUACAUCUCCACCACCAGAGGAGGAGACAGGACCCUCUUAUCCGUCACCAAUGACACCAACGUGUCAGACACUACUGAGAUUCCCAACACGUAUCCGAUGAACAAUAGGAGUCACAAAUCCUGGACCAGGAAUAUCACAGAGGAUUCACCAACCACUGCGUGGGGGUACGGGAACGCCACGGAGGAUGCCGAGGUCAGAAAUCCGUCUUCCCAGGCUGCAUCAUCAGUGCCUGGCACAUAUCCUCUACAGACCCCAUCAUAUGUGAUCACCACGUACCCAUCCCCCACAUCUCACCACAUGUCCAAUUCUACAUUUCCAUUCACUAGUGUCCCUGUUACUGCACCCACCACAAGGGGCAGCCCAGAGACCACAGGGGUUACAUCUAACAUCUCCUCCAUUGAUCCAUCAUCAUUCUCACCCUCGGAUAUGCCUGGGGUUGAGUCCUCAUCUUCUAUGUUGACGUUGGUGGCCACCACCAGUGCGCCAUCUUCAUCACCCCUUGUGGAAGUAAUAACACAGACUCUGGCGGUCUCCUCGUCCUCCCCCCUCCCCUCCACAUUUGUCUCUGCUGCUCGCUCCUCAGUGUCGCCAUCUAUAGCAGAAACUUCAUCAAAUCCUAACACGACCGAGACUCCUUACCCCCUGACAGCUGUGUCCUCUACACCCGGGCUCCCUGCAACGUCUACAUAUCUGCCACCAUUUCUCAACACAGAAUCCACACCGGGAGAUGAUGGAACAGAGAAGAACAGGACCCUAGUGUCCUCCAUAUCACCGACAGCCAACAAUACGUCAAUAGUAGUGAGUCCUGAGACCCCCGGGGUGGUCACUGAGAGGCGAUCACAUGAUGAGACAAUGGCGACAGCACAAGAUGUAACCACAAUGGAAACCACAGUGAUGUUUACAGAGGGAAAUGGGACGCAGAGGGUCACGGUGGGAACAAGGCUCCCUGGGAUCCCAACCCAGACUAUGGAUUACGCUCCUUCUACUACAUCCACCAACAAUGACCCGCUGGCUCCAUCACUGCACGACACCACACCUAAGAUGGCACAUGACACUAUGAGGACAGCGGGGCCUGGAACCCCAGUACUGACCACUGCGGAUCAAGAGGUUGUGACUGAGAGGACCACCUUAAUAGAGUGCAAUACUCAGCCACCAAGGCCGUACACCACAGUCAGCACAAAGGGCAAAAAGAUUCUUCCUACUCCGACCCCUCCGAGCACUACACCCACUGUGAGACACGAAGACACCACUGUAACCAUCCCUCCCGCCACCACUCAUUCGAAGAAGACUCCGACUGCCGCAGCUAGUCCCUGCUCCUCCAGUCCUUGUCAAAACAGGGGUCUCUGCAAGGAAAGUCAGGAUUUGAAAGGCUUCAGAUGUGAUUGUCCAGCAGGUUGGAGCGGCGAUCUCUGCAACAAAGAUGUGGAUGAAUGUCUCUCCAGCCCCUGCCCAGCACUGAGCAAAUGCGUCAAUUCUAGGGGCUCCUUCAGCUGCCAAUGCCCUUUGGGGUAUCUCCUGGAGAAGGGCGCGGGCUGUGUUCUUGUGAGGACGUUUCUUGGACACAUCCAACUACCCUGGAGCUUCCAGGACGGCACUGACAACAACAGCAAAAUGCAGGAGGAAAUAGUGCGCAUAAUGAAUUCAUCCUUUGCCGCCAUUUCGGGUUAUUACCAGUCCACAGUCACCAGUAACAGUAGCGACAACCUCAUCGUCCAGAAUCUUUUCUCUCUGGAGUCAAACGUAACAAUGUACGAUCUAUUGCGCAGUCUCCAGAGCUACGCCAAAGUGUGCGAGACAUCAAAACAACACCCCACAUCCUGCAAGCUAACAACACACAUUCAGCACAAUAUUCGGGCUCUUAGUCUUUGUCAUGUGAUUAACCCCGGAUGUGACAAUGAGACGUCUGUCUGCGAUGACCCGGCCGGCAUAGCAUUUUGCCAGUGUAAGCCCGGAUACUUCAAAUACAGCAAAACAGACCAUUCGUGUCGAGCUUGUGACGAUGGCUACAAACUGGAAAGUGGAGCCUGUGUGAGGUGUCCCUUUGGUCUUGGAGGAUUUAACUGCUCGAAUCCGUACCAGCUGAUCACUGUGAUCAUAGCGGCUGCCGGCGGUGGACUCCUCCUCAUCCUGGUCGUUGCUCUGACGGUGACUUGUUGCAGGAAGAGCAAACAUGACAUCAGUAAACUCAUUUUCAAGAGCGGAGAUUUCCAGAUGUCUCCUUACGCUGAAUAUCCAAAAACGCAACGCUCAUCGGAAUGGGGGCGAGAGACGAUUGAGAUGCAAGAGAACGGCAGCACCAAGAACCUGCUGCAAAUGACAGACGUCUACUAUUCUCCCGGAAUGAGGAACUCAGAGAUCGAAAGGAACGGACUUUACCCUUACAGCGGUCUUCCGGGAUCCCGCCACUCAUGUAUCUACCCCGGACAGUACAACCCAUCGUUUAUCAAUGAGGAGAACAGGCGGAGAGACUACUUCUAGAAUAGUAUGAAGGAUCACAGGGUACAUAGCCCGACACCCCCCUCAAUCACGACUCACCGCCAUCUUAACCCCACCCGUAACGUUAACAGCAGCAGAUAUUAUUGUUAUCUCUGUAUCCUGCUGUAAUAUUAGGAUCGGCGGCCAGGACCAAAAUCCAAUAUGGAGGCUGUGGCUGGUCUGCACCUCACACCCUGCGAUCAAUCGUAUCCAAUAAUUUAUUGACUGUGGACAAAGAAUGUGAUUGAAGCUGCUGACCGUGAGGCCGCGAUACACCGACGCAAGAAAUACAACGGAAAAAAAUGUCCCGGACAAGAAGGGACGUAUCUGAUCUGACCGGUCGCUCGGUUACAGCGAGUCUCAUCAUCCCUCAAGGGCUUGAAUUACAAUGUAGCAAUAUAAUAUGAAGGCAGCGGAGGCUCGGGGUUCACUGUGGCCUCCGUCUCCUGUACUCUGGACGCGGCGUGCAAUGGGCCUUCCCUGCUAUGACGGAAGGGAACGGUUGGGGGGUUUACAGACUGGACCCUCCAUUGUGCUGGGAAGGGGGAGCAGCUCAUUUGCACUUUUUGUUGGUGUCAUUUUGUUGAAGCAUUUUUAUUUUCUGUUACAAGAUCCUCACACUCCUGAGGUGCCCCCUGUGUCCAUUCUACUAGACCCGCGCCGGGUGCCAUUAUCUUCUGUGCCGGUCUUGUAUAUCCACUACUAUGCAGGGGCAGAAAACACUACAAUACUUACAGUGCACCCCCACUACUGAGUAUGAGGCGUAAUCUCCAUAUUAUGUGUGUAGCUUUAUAAACACCUCCAGAGCUGCACUCACUAUUCUGCUGGUACAUCAGGUAUUAUCCUCCAGUCACCUCCAGAGCUGCACUCACUAUUCUGCUAUUACAUCAGGUAUUAUCCUCCGGUGACCUCAAGAUCUGCACUCACUAUUCUGCUGUUGCAUCAUGUUUUAUCUUCCAAUCAUCUCCAGAUCUGCACUCACUAUUCUGCUGUUACAUCAGGUAU